AUGGCGCCGUCUCGCCGACAGAUCAACGGAAGGUCUCCGUUGGUGAACCCGCAGCGUCAAAUCACCGCCUUCUUUGGUAAAUCUACUGCAUCUUCUUCUCCCUCUCCGUCACCAGCUCCAUCUCUCUCCGAUAAGAAAACCCCCAAAUCUAACCCUAAAUCUAAUUCUCCGUCUCCGUCACCACUCUCCAAUAAGAAAACCCCCAAAUCUAACCCUAAAUCUAAUUCUCCGUCUCCAUCACCGUCUCCACCUCUCUCCAAUAAGAAAAUCCCCAAAUCUAACCCUAUCUCGGACCCUCCUGCUCGUGCUCCCAGUCCAGGUCCGGCGACUCCUUCUCCUAUACAGUCCAAGUUUAAGAAGCCCCUCCUCGUCAUCGGACAGACGACACCUUCUCCUCCGAAAUCGGCGGAAAUUACUUACGGGGACGAGGUGGUCGGAAAGCAAGUGAGGGUUUUCUGGCCGUUGGAUAAGAAAUGGUAUGAUGGGAGUGUGGCAUCGUAUGAUAAGGGUGAGUGUAAGCAUGUGGUCGAGUAUGAUGAUGGGCAAGAGGAGGCUUUGAAUUUGGGGAAGGAGAAGAUCGAGUGGGUGGUUGGUGAAAAAUCAGGAGUGAGGUUUAAGCGAUUGAGACGAGGCACUUCGGCUUCCAGAAGAGUUGUGACGGAUGAUGAUGAUGAUGUGGAGAUGGGUAAUGCGGAAGAAGAGAAAGAAAAUCAAAGUGACUGUGAUGACUCUAGCGAUGAAGAUUGGGAAAAGAACGUGGGUACGGAGGUAUGUGAGAGCGAGGAAGAUGAUGUCGAGUUGGAUGAUGAGACUGAGAUUAUGGAUGAAGAAGAGCUGGUGGAAGAGAAAGAUGAAGAACCUCCCAAGAUAAAUAGAGUUUCGAAAACUGACUCUAGAAAGCGGAAGACUAGUGAAGUAGCUAAGUCAGGUAGUGAGAAGAAAAGCAGGAUUGAUAAGGACACUACUUUGAAAGGUUUUAAAGCAUCUGUUGUGGAGCCUGCGAAGAGGAUUGAAGAAGCUGAUAGGGUAAUCAAGGCUAUGGAUGAUAACAUAUUAGAUGGGGAUGCUCUGGCUAGAUUUGGUGCACGUGAAUCUGAGAAAUUUUGCUUCCUGGGAGUAGACCGAAGGGAUGCAAAAAGGAGACGCCCUACUGAUGAGAAUUAUGAUCCAAGGACACUCUACCUUCCUCCUGAUUUUGUGAAGAGAUUAACAGGAGGCCAGAGACAAUGGUGGGAGUUUAAGUCAAAACAUAUGGACAAAGUUGUUUUCUUCAAGAUGGGUAAAUUCUAUGAGCUUUUUGAGAUGGAUGCGCAUGUGGGAGCCAAGGAACUUGAUUUACAGUACAUGAAGGGAGAACAACCUCAUUGUGGAUUUCCCGAGAAGAAUUUCUCUGUAAACAUCGAGAAAUUAGUUAUUAAGGGCUAUCGGGUUUUAGUCGUGGAGCAAACAGAAACACCUGAUCAGCUGGAGCGACGCCGAAAAGAGAAAGGCUCCAAGGAUAAAGUUGUGAAGCGUGAAAUAUGUGCAGUUGUUACAAGAGGCACGCUCACAGAUGGGGAGAUGCUAUUAACUAAUCCGGAAGCGUCUUAUCUGAUGGCGUUGACUGAAGGAGGAGAGAGUUUAACUGACCAGGAAGCAGAGCACGAUUUUGGUGUCUGUUUGGUUGACGUUGCAACUAAGAAGAUCAUUCUGGGGCAGUUCAAGGAUGAUCAAGACUGCAGUGCAUUAUCCUGCCUGCUCUCUGAGAUAAGGCCGGUGGAAAUUAUUAAACCAGCAAACGUUCUGAGUUCUGCAACAGAGAGAACAAUAGUUAGAUAUACCAGAAAUCCCUUGGUAAAUAAUCUGGUUCCACUUUCUGAAUUCUGGGAUGCAGAGAAGACAAUACAUGAAGUUGGAAUUUUCUACAAGAGAAUCAGUUGUCAACCGUCUUCUGCUUAUUGCGGUGAUGGAUCCCUGAACAACGAAAGUGGUUCAAGCGUUCUACCAAAAAUGUUGUCUGAAUUAGCAACUGGAGAUAAGAAUUGUAGCCUGGCACUCUCUGCGCUUGGUGGUGCCAUUUACUACCUGAGACAAGCUUUCUUGGAUGAGAGUCUUCUUAGGUUUGCCAAGUUUGAAUCCUUGCCUUACUGUGAUUUCAGCAACUUUACUGAGAAGCAGCACAUGGUUCUUGAUGCCGCUGCCCUUGAAAACCUUGAGAUAUUUGAAAACAGCAGAAAUGGAGGCUUUUCAGGAACGUUGUAUGCACAACUGAAUCAAUGUGUCACUGCAUCUGGGAAACGGUUACUGAAGACAUGGCUGGCAAGACCUUUAUAUAACCUGGAACUGAUCAAGGAACGUCAAGAUGCUGUAGCAAUUCUGCGGGGGGAAAAUCUCCCGUACUCACUGGAGUUUCGGAAGGCAUUGUCCAGACUUCCAGACAUGGAGCGGUUGAUUGCGCGUAUCUUUUCUAGCAUUGAAGCUAGUGGAAGAAAUGGAGAUAAAGUGGUUCUGUACGAAGAUGUUGCAAAGAAGCAGCUACAAGAGUUCAUAUCAACUCUACGUGGUUGUGAAACAAUGGUAGACGCAUGCUCUUCACUUCGUGUUAUUUUGAAGCAUGAGAAAUCCAGGCGGCUGCUUCACUUACUUACACCUGGUCAAAGUCUUCCAGACAUCUCAUCCUCCAUUAAGUAUUUCAAGGAUGCUUUUGACUGGGUAGAAGCUCACAGUUCUGGACGUGUAGUACCUCAUGAAGGAGCUGAUGAAGAGUAUGAUUUUACUUGCAAAACGGUUAAAGAAUUGGAAUCCAGUUUGACAAAACAUCUGAAGGAGCAACGAAAACUACUUGGAGAUGCAUCAAUAAAUUAUGUUACAGUUGGCAAAGACGAAUACCUCUUGGAAGUUCCUGAAAGUUUAAGUGGGCAUGUUCCUCAGGAUUAUGAAUUAUGCUCAUCCAAAAAGGGUGUCUGUCGAUACUGGAGUCCUACCAUCAAGGAAUUAUUAAAAGAGCUAUCACAAGCAAGAACUGAAAAAGAGUCUGCCCUAAAGAGCAUUUCACAAAGAUUAGUUGGUCGUUUCUGCGAGCAUCAAGAAAAAUGGAGGCAAUUGGUUUCUGUAACAGCUGAGCUGGACGUGUUGAUCAGCCUCGCUUUUGCAAGUGAUUCUUACGAAGGAGUAAGAUGCCGCCCAGUUAUAUCAGGUUCUACGUCUGAUGAUGUUCCUCGCUUGUCCGCCACUGGUCUAGGGCAUCCAGUUCUGAGGGGUGAUUCAUUAGGCAGAGGCUCUUUUGUACCAAAUGAUGUAAAGGUUGGUGGUUCGACGCAGGCCAGCUUCAUUCUCCUCACAGGCCCUAAUAUGGGUGGGAAAUCAACCCUUCUUCGUCAAGUUUGCUUGGCUGUAAUCUUGGCUCAGAUUGGAGCAGAUGUCCCAGCAGAAACCUUUGAGCUUUCGCCUGUAGACAGAAUUUUCGUCCGUAUGGGCGCAAAAGAUCAUAUUAUGGCAGGACAAAGCACGUUUUUGACAGAACUUUCAGAAACUGCUGUAAUGUUGUCAUCAGCAACCCGAAAUUCUCUGGUGGUGCUAGACGAGCUUGGACGAGGAACAGCCACAUCAGAUGGACAAGCCAUUGCGGAAUCCGUACUUGAGCACUUCAUAAACAAGGUGCAGUGUAGAGGAAUGUUCUCUACUCAUUAUCAUCGUCUCUCUAUGGAUUAUAAAACCAAUCCAAAGGUAUCACUUUGCCAUAUGGCAUGUCAAGUGGGAGAAGGAAGUAGUGGAGUGGAAGAAGUUACGUUUCUCUACAGAUUGACGCCUGGUGCGUGUCCUAAAAGCUAUGGAGUCAACGUUGCUCGGUUAGCUGGUCUUCCAGAUUAUGUACUUCAGAGAGCCAUGAUCAAAUCCCAAGAAUUCGAAAGCUUAUAUGGUAAAAACCAUAGAAAAUCCGAUCAUAAAAUGGCAGAGAUGAUGAAGCAGAUCAUCGGUAGCGUUUCAUCAGAUUCUGAUAAGGACUCAUUGUCUGAGCUACACUCCAUGGCCAACACAUUUCUCCAGUUAUAA